AUGGAGACAUUCUUUCAGCCGCGAUCCGAGGUUGAGAAUCGUGGGCCCCUAUUGCUGAUCAUCAAUGGCACGAUAACAGUCGUCGCGGCGAUCAUUGUGGGUCUCCGCGUGGUAUCAAGGGUCUUCAUCGUGAAAAAGUUCGGUGUGGAUGACUGGAUAAUGGUGGCCGCGAUGUUUUUCGCAAUUUUGAAUGUGGCAGUCGCGGGGCUUGGAGUCAAGUAUGGGACAGGGAAGCACAAAUGGGAUCUUAUCAAAGCAGAUGUGAUGCCUGCAGCGAAGAUUCGAUACGUGACUCACAUAAUUUAUACCCUAAUCAGCGGUCUGAUCAAGGUAUCAAUCUGUCUGCUAUACCUACGCGUGUUCCCUAACAUCCGAAUAAUCUGCCUUGCAACAAUCGCAUUCGUCACAGCCAUGAGUAUCGCAAUUAUCCUCGCAACCAUCUUUCAGUGCUCCCCGGUCGAUGCUGUCUACGACGAACAGAAAUAUAAGCAUUAUACUUGUUUUGCAUCUAUUCCGUUCUGGUAUGCGACUGCCGCACUGUCUCUGGUGACGGAUAUUUGGAUUCUUCUCCUGCCACUGAAAACAGUUCUAGGACUUCAUCUUAGAACCAGGAAAAGAUUCGUCAUCGCUGGUUUGCUAUCAUUGGGCUGCUUUGCAUGUAUAGCCAGCAUCGUGCGGAUGGUCUACAUUGUGAAAUUAUAUCAAAGCUCAGAUCCCUCCUGGGAUACCUUUGGGAUUUCUAUUUCGUCGGGAAUUGAAAUAGCUGUCGCUAUCAUUGCUGCCAGUAUACCGGCAACCAAGCCGAUCAUGAACAAGCUAUUUCCAAAACUGGUUCCUAGCAGCACUGGCGAAUCACAGACUGUCAACCACCGAGAUUAUCCUUCG